AUGUUGAAAGCAAAGUACGGAUGUCUUAAGGGCAAAAGACAGCGCGUGAAAGUUAUUGGGGAGACGCAGUCGCUGCUCCAGUUCGAGGCGCUGCACCGCAGUUGUCGAAGCCCCAAUCUUGGUCGCAUGCUGCACCAGGGUGGCAAAACAGCCCCAAAAAGUCACGAAAACAGUGGCUGGAAGUGGGUUGCCGGAGACUUGGUCAAGCUUGCAAUUGCAGCACGUGUAGAGGAUGCUGUGUUCGUGGGCGGCAUGCUUAGCAAACAAGCUUUUUCCAUCUUGCAGAUUCGAGAAGAGGAAGAGUCCAAGCAAUCUGCAGCAGAGGCUCAACUGGCUGCGCUCCAAGAGGCUGCAGCUCUUCAGGCUGCCCAGGUUGCUGCCCAAAAGGCAGCCGAGUUAGCUCGUGCACAGGCAGAGGCAAAGGCCUACGCAGCUGCACAGGCAGCUAUUCAAGCAAAAGCAAGGGAUGCUCGGUCUGAAGCACAAAGUGGCGGAAGCUCGAGCUCCAGCAGUGCUGAUGCUUUGCAAAGGAAGAAUAAGAAGAAGAAAGAAAACGCCCGGAAGGAUGAGGAGCAAAGUUCCCACAGGGAAAGAAAGACAAAAAAGCAGACAAAGCGGAAGGAGGUGGGGAAACCGAGCUUGCCGCAGAGCGAAAAAGACAAGAAAGGCAAGCAGAAAAGCAAAACCAAGCGCAAAGACGAAGGUCACAGAAGCAAGGAAAAGAAGAAAAAGCCAAAGAAGGAAUCCUCAAGCUCUGAAACGUGUAUCCUGCCAAAGAAGUCCAAGAGCUGA